CUUUCCUUGUUUGUGUAGUAAAUUACCACAGGAUUAGUUGAUUUCUAUAUCGUUGGAGUUUCUGAAAGUUUGAUUCAGGAUAAAAUAGCAUGGACAAAUAUAGUGCAGAAGGCUUCCGAAUCCGGAGAGGAUCAAUGUAUGUAGCUUUACCCAGUUUGUUUUUGCAACACAGAAUUCUGAUCAUCCAUGUCGUUCGAGCAAAUAAAGUUUUUGGUUUCUGCUGGGAAAUGUUGGUGCACCCUGGUGCAUCAGAUGGGAGGGGUUUCUCGUAGAACACUGUUGCAACAGCCACUCAGCUUUGUGCGUUGCAAGCCGUUCUUACAACCUCCAAAAUUCAUACUCGUCAAUUCUUUGGGUUUCUUACUGAAUUGCUUGUCGUCACCAAUUUGGCCCAUCGACAGGAGAGUGAAGAAAAGCAUGCAUUGAUGUUGCUGCAGAUUGUGGAAGAAUAGGUAUGCAGUUUUCUGUAACUGGUUUCGACAAACGAUGGCAGCCAAGGUGAGCCAAUUCUGUGGUUCCAAAAGAAUUAACUAUGUCAGCUAGGAUCAAGGUUUAUUGGAUUCUGUGUUUUAUCUAUGUAUUUGAUCGAGAAGUUGUUUGGUCUUCUAGACUUGAUGGUUGCAGGUUAGCUUUAUGCUCGUCUUCUCAAUCACUCAAUCCUCGAAGUAGGACAAAGGGGCAUCUGCAUUUGGCAGGUUGCAGCACACCAGCAUCAUUAGCCGAAUCUUGCGGAGGUGUUUCCUCCAGGAAGCAACCCAGACGAGGCAUAAAAGCAUUCAUGGAGAUGCAUCUUCAAGCUGUGAUGGUGUAUUAGAUGCUGCUGCUUCAGUUUUAGAUCAUUCUAUGUUCCACUAAAGAGAACUUAAAUCCAUCAUCUGCUGGCCAGACAUAGUCUUAGGAGAUGCAAAUACAAGAAGAGAUUAAAGUUGACCAUAAAGAUAGGUGUUCUGGUGUGCCAAUAAAAAAAAGGCUAUUUCAUUUGUCACAAUGUUCAUUUUCUCCAUCCCAAGAAACAUGUUCAAUAUCACAUAAUUAUCAGCGGCAACCUAAUCAGUUCUCAGUUGAAGCAGAAUCUUCUGUGUCAGUAAAAGAUGCUGGUCUGCCACUGGACACCGGUACAAGUCCUAAGGACGUCGUAAAUUCUUCCUCUGCAUCAUCUGGUCAGAGGUAUGGCAGUGAUGUCCAUGCUAAUCAUGAUGACAUGGAACUCAAGAAAGCCACAAGAGCCUUCAAGGGAUCAAAUAUGGAGGAAGAUCGUAAUGCUGAUAACAGGCCAUCACUAGGCUUAGAUACGGAUAAAGGAAAGCAGUUAUCACAGCCUGGUACAUGGGAAAUGAUUAUAGUUGACAGGACCAUGGAAGAGAAAAUUGCUACAUGUGAUGUAUCUGCAUUUAGAGGAGUUGAAACAACAUCCAUUGUGCAUUUAUCGUCAUCUAAGGAUAAUAAAUAUCAUGGUUACAACUCGUCGAAGCAAGAGAUAGUUAAAACCUGUUCUUUGGAUCUGCGUCAGACCAUGCACGAUGAAGUGGAUUCAGAGUAUGGAUCUGCUGAUCGCUGUGUGAGCAGAGAAAAUUGGGAUUUGAAUGUUCCAAUGGAGGUGUGGGAAGCCAAUUUAAGUGAUUCAGUUGUAAAACAUGCCAUGGAUCAUAGGUUAAAUCAGAGCGCUAUGCACCCGCAAAAUAUUGACAGAUGCCUCGUUCAACCUACGCUAGGCGCCAUUGCGAGUGCGUCAACAUCAGGAACAUCUAUGGUCGAAAGAAGUCAAUACAAGCCAAGAUUGAGAAAUUGGAGAACACCUGCUGAUGACAAGAGGGGCUAUGAAGGUGGCUUAGACUUGCAGCUUCGACCACCUAGCAGACCAGAGUUACGCAUUAACUGGGGAAAGAUAGUCCCUUCUGAUCUUAGUCUUUCGUUGACUGGGAAUCUUUCAGAGGUAUCUCGUAGAGUUGUGAAGCCUGAACAUUGUGAGAACAGUAAUCAGAAAGUAACUGAAGUGUCUCAACAUAGUAGUCUAAAGUCAGUGGGAAUUAGGCACGUAAACUCUGAACCAUGUGAUGAAAAUGUUCAUGGUGAAGCUUCCAGUGUAGCUGUUCUCUUUGAUCAGGAAUCAUCACUAGGAAGAGUGUUGAAAUCAGAGCCACCUGAAGAACCUAAGGAAAAGCCACCAAGUUUGGAGCCGGAUGACAAUCAUCAAUUAACUUGUUGUACAGACGUUUCCCCGAGUCAGGUUAAACCUGCUCUUAAUUCUAAUGCUGUGGUUGAUGCAAAUAUACUUAAUGAUAAUAACCCAGUUAUGCCUGGUAAUGCAAAAAUAGAAUCAGGUGAGAGCACUUCUCGGGCUUUAGAUCCUGCUGAGUUGUCAAGUUCCGAUGUACCUUAUAAGGCUGACGAUGUGCUUACCAACAUUUGCGCUAACCAAGGUGCAGAAGGAAACACUAGUAAAUCAGUGGAUAUUAUUGCAGACCCCAUCAUUUCUGAUGCAAAAGAAUCUAAUGCAAACAUGACUGAAAGUCGUGAAAUUGCUGAUGUGGCUUCUUCUCUGCAUCAUGAGUCUGCAAGUUAUCUUAAAGAACCCAUGACUCAUGAUGAUUUGUCUGAAGGUAGUGCUGAAAUGGACUGCUCGGACAAUGAAGAUUAUACUUCAUCAAAACUAGAUGCUGGAGAUGAUCUUCACAUGGCUACUGACAUAAACAAUGUACCAAGUGCCACAAACCAGGAAGGCUUGGGCUUACCAGCUGAGAUUCAGACAGAACAAUUCAACAGCAAUGAACAGCAGUUCGAUGCUACUUAUAAUUUAAGGUUUACAACCGAUAUAACUAUUCCUGUAGAUGGUGAUAUUGAGGUCAAAGGUGGUGAACUUGGAGAUCCUGUGCCACAAUGUGCAAGUGAGGUUUCCUGUGACCACGAGAAGAAAAGAGUACGGGGAAAUGUGCUAGAAUGGUCAAAUGAGCUUCCAUGCGAGUAUGAAAAGAAGGUACAUGAAAAUGUGACUACUGAUUUCACUGGUUCAGAUGGUCAUGCUGUCAUGAUGGAAAUACAUUCAGAUACAAAGGGCAAACAAAUAGUGUCUGAAGAGGCAAUGAGCCUUCAUAGAGAUGAAAGUUUUGAUGUCAGUAUGUGCCGUGAUAAAAAGGAGAUGAGCUCUGACCUGACAACAGUUUUGCAUGAGCCACCAGAUAAUGGAGUGGUACGAGUUUCUUCCAGUAAGAGGCUUGCUAAACCUUGUCCGGAAGCAAUAAAGAAUCACCUUGGAAAGGAGAAGAGCUCAGAGAUGAAGUCAAAUUCUAUCAGACCACCUAAUGCAAUUGCAAAAACUACCGAGGACAAUGUAGACAGACAGCAGAUGAGAACUAGAUAUGCCAUUGCGUCUAUUAAGCAUCCGGAGCUGCCAGAGAGAGAUUCAGAUGUCAGUGGCGUUGGGAAUAAGCAUGUUGAUGAUGCAGGUAAGCAUAGCCACGAGAAGAAUGUUGACAGUAGGUGUAAGCAUAGACAGAUUACGAAGGUAAGUUCACCUACUAUUAGGUCAUUUGGCCAGAGGAAACCUAUUUCUUCUAGGUCAAAUUCAUCAGGAACUGAGGAUGGGUUGAUCGAUAAGCAGAGGCGAGACAGAAUGUUCUCUCAGAGGAGAAGGUGUUCAGAAUUUGAAAGCAAGAAGAAUCAAGAUCAGUCAACUGAUAAAUGUGAUUCUGAUUACAUGAACACUGCAAGGCACAGCAACCGGCAUUUGGAUCGGAAUUCCAACACCCGGUUUGCAUCAGAACAUAAUAAUUCAAGAAAGCACCAAUUUUCAAGGCUUAGUUCAAGGUCGGAAGUUCCACUAGAAGUUGCUACAAAUGGUUCUGUUGGAAGUGCCAACACUUUAUCGAGGAGGCCAAUGGGUGAUCAGCCAUACCGUUCAUCUUGUUUUCCACUCUGGAGGCGACUGCCGAGGCAUCAAGAGGAACCACCGUUGGUGGAUACCCGAAAUGCUAGGUGCUUAGUAAGGGACGUUAGCCCUAACAAGGAGGAGAUCAUGAGGACACUACAUCAUGAAAUGGUGGAUAGUAUCUUAUAUUCGCACCCUACUAUGCAAUAUGGACCAACCGAGAAUGAUGUCUUGCCGAGGGGAAGCAAUAUUUCACCUACUCGGUGGAGACCUCCUCCUUCACAUUUCUAUGGAAUGGGCUCACCUCGUCGGUUGCUUUCCCCUGGAAGAUCGCCUGAAAUGGUUAUGAAUAAACAACAUCCAGCAUUAGUAAGGCAUGGAGCACCACCAUCAGUUGACAUGCCCAAUUCGCCUCAUGGACAUCUUUAUUUCCCAGAAGGUAUGAUGGUUGAAAGGAAUGCUUUGCCUGCCGACAUGGAUGAAAUGCUUCCUGUUAACGAUCUUGAUCUACCUAGGCCCGGUGGGUUUCUGCAGAGGAACACAAGGAGGUAUGACUUUAGCCCACAUGAAACAGCUGCGGACUAUCUUGGACCUGUUCACUUCUUUGCUGAUCACUUCAUUGACGCAAGAAAUCAUCAUGAUGGGCGUGAUAACCAUGAGCAUACUACUCUUCCUUAUCAUGUCGAUGCUCGCCAUAUUCGCAGCUCGAGGGACUUCGACAGUCAGGCAAGGGACCGACAUGGAAACGCUCGUGACAGAUUAAGAAGCAUCGUAGAGCAGGGUGAAGGUCACAGAUGCCGUGGAGAGCAAGGAUGGCGUGAUGGCGGACUCCACAGUGAGAGGUUGAAAAAGAGAAAACCCUGAGCAAGAGCAUUAUAUAUACACAUGGUGACUGCAUUAUAUACAAGCGUUGAAGGUUCAUCUUCAACCUUAGCCUGUGGAAUGGAGAAACGAGAGACGGGGAUCCAUGUCUGGCUGUAUUGGGGGCGAACCACCACCUGUUCUGGUUGGAAACUACAUGUUUUGCGGACUGGGAGUGAUAUCAGUUCGAUUUGGUUACAGUGUUGAAGAAGCCUUAUCGUUGACUUUGUGGUUAA